AGUUGCUCCGGUUGUUCUCCGGCAGGAGAUUUUGAAGGGGUGCCCCAAAAGGCAAUCUCAAGGGGGGAAAGGGAGGCACCUACCUUCUCUGGCAAGGGAGAAGAUGCUUCUUUUUUAUGCUUUAUCAGAAAAUCCACUUCCCUGACAACCUUAGUUUCAAGGCUUAUUCUCAAUCAGAGACAAGGAGCCUGUUUCAGCUUGAAGACACCUGUAAGAGGUGAAUGGACAGCCAGCCACAGCAAUGGAAGAAAUCAAGCCAGGAAUAACCUAUGCUGAGCCGAUGCCUGAAUCGUCCCCAAGUGUUUCCUGACACGCAUUUUUGCUUAUACCACAGCACAACUGAAGAAUGGGGCUCAACUUUACACUUGCAAAAUUACCAAAUUCCGAGCUGCACGGCCCCACUUUGAGUAACGCGAGCGAUGGACCUGGAAGGAACACGACCCAUAACAACGAAUUUGACACUAUCAUCCUGCCUGUGCUUUACCUCGUAAUAUUUGUGGCAAGCAUCUUGCUGAACGGUCUCGCAGUGUGGAUCUUCUUCCACAUUAGAAAUAAAACCAGCUUUAUCUUUUAUCUGAAAAACAUAGUGGUUGCUGACCUCAUAAUGACCCUGACAUUUCCCUUCCGAAUAGUCCAUGAUGCGGGAUUUGGACCUUGGUACUUCAAGUUCAUCCUCUGCAGAUACACCUCGGUUCUGUUCUACGCAAACAUGUACACUUCCAUAGUGUUUCUUGGGCUGAUAAGUAUUGAUCGCUACCUGAAGGUGGUGAAGCCCUUUGGAGACUCGCGCAUGUACAGCAUAACCUUCACAAAAGUUUUAUCAGUGUGUGUUUGGGUGAUCAUGGCUGUUCUGUCUGCGCCAAACAUCAUCUUAACGAAUGGUCAACCAACCAAGGAAAACGUUCACGACUGCGUGAAACUCAAAAGUCCCUUAGGGGCCAAAUGGCAUGAGGUGGUCACCUAUGUCAACAGCUGCCUGUUUGUGGCUGUGCUGGUGAUUCUGAUUGGAUGUUACAUAGCUAUAUCCAGGUACAUCCACAAAUCCAGCAGGCAGUUCAUAAGUCAGUCAAGCCGAAAGCGGAAACACAACCAGAGCAUCAGGGUGGUUGUGGCUGUGUUUUUCACUUGUUUUCUACCAUAUCACUUGUGCAGAAUUCCUUUUCUUUUUAGUCACUUAGAUAGGCUUUUGGAUGAGUCCGCACACAAAAUCUUGUAUUACUGCAAAGAAAUGACACUUUUCUUGUCUGCAUGCAAUGUGUGCCUGGAUCCAAUAAUUUACUUUUUCAUGUGUCGGUCAUUUUCGAGAAGGCUCUUCAAGAAAUCCAACAUCAGAACCAGGAGUGAAAGCAUCAGAUCACUGCAAAGUGUCAGGAGAUCAGAAGUCCGCAUAUACUACGACUAUACUGAUGUGUAGGCCUGCUCUCUUAUCUGUUGGAAUUAAUAUGUACAAAAUACUGCCCAGGAGUGACGUCUACCUCCCAGAGACAGAAGGAGCAGUACUGCAGCUGGGAAAGGACCUUCAGUACAACAUGUCGUACCCUCUCUGUCCUCUCCCUCUCUCCAUCCCACAACUCCCAGUCGCAACUCUCAAAAAGGAUAUUACUUGACAGUCUGUGUGUGCUAUUAAGCAUCUGGCUUCCACCAACCAACGAAUAAGAACCCACUCUCUUCAACAGCAUCAGCUGAGAAGUACUUCUCUAUCCCAGAACACCUUUAAUUCAAGCCUAAAUUCUCA